UUAAUAUAUAAUUCCAUUUAUGAUCAUUACACCCAACUGACUUCUGUUCACUUAAAAUGUUUUCUAAUUCUCGGCUAUCUUCUCUUUUAAUAUCAAAUUUAUCAAAAUGUACAAUAGUUAGAGCCGAUUUCUAUCAUUUAAAGAAUGUUUUUCCACAUAUUUCAAAUAGGAAUCUCACAACUGAGAAUAUCGCACAUUCCACACAUAUUACUGUACAAAAACAAAAUGAUACUGAACACUCUUCCCUUUAUAUGAAUCCAUUAUGUAUGCAAAUGGAUCAGUUGAUUUACACCUGCACUAAUCAUGACCAAGUACUAAAUCUGCUUGUUACUCAUAGAGGGGCUAUGUACCUUCAUAAUCUUAUUACAGUAAUGAAUGCUUUGAGACAGUUUGUGGAAAAUGAACCUAAUAACAAGUAUAAGCCAGACUGUGAUGAAUUAUUUCUCGGAUAUAAUAACGUGUUCAGAAAAAAAGAACCUUCUAAAAAGUCGGAUAUUGACCAGUCAAACUUCUCGGAAACUGAGAAAGAAGUAAUCAACAAGGCCCAGUGGGAGAUAAUAAGGCACUUUGAAGACCCAAAGAAUGAAGAGUACCUAACAACCUAUCACCAUAACAGGGACCUAAGGGACGCAAUAAUAAGAGAUGAAAGGUAUGAUUUACUUUUGCAAGAUUUGUAUAUGAACAAGAACAAGUUGGACGUGGAGUCUAUUUGCAAUGUUAUCAUUACACUUGAUGCAUUAGGCCACCAAUACUAUAGACUUUACAACGGUUUACUUAAAAGACUCUUAAUUCUUGAUGUCUCAUUUCCAAAUCAAACACCGACUUUUAUUAAUAAAGUUGGUCUUCUGCUCUUAAAAACAUGCCACUGCUUUGCUAGUAGCGGUUUCUAUGAAAUCCCGUUAUACAACAAAGUGGUAAGUGAAUUAUUUAAGACCAAUUUAUCAAAUAUGUUAAUUGAUCAAGAACACUCCCUUCUACUUUCAUACAUAAUCAAGCUUUACGCAGUUGUUAAAAGUUACGAUUAUGGAAUAUUCUGUAAAAUAUCAGACUCUGUCAACAAAGUUAAUUUGUCAACCACUGAUAUUACCUGGCUCUCAGUGGCCUUUUCAAACCAUUUGAACUUUAAUAAAACGCACGACAAGGUGCUUUACUACGUUGCAAGGAGAGUAAGUGAAGAUAAUAAAUUAUUCAGUACUCAAGAGCUUUGUAUGUGUUUGUCAUCUCUUUCAAAAAUGGGCCUCUACUUUAGAGAAGUAUGGGAUGUUUGCGCAAAAAGACUUAUUAAUGAAAUUGAAAUUUCAAUGUCCGGCUUCAAUGAUAUUAAUCUGGACAUUAAUACUCUCUGUAAGGCUGUUUACGAUAUCGCAACUGUCGAUAAAUCUACACAUUUAAUCCAUUCUCUAAUAGAUAGGGCGUCUCUCUACUUAGAAGAACGGAUAGACUCUUUAGACGAACAGUCAUGUAUAAAUUUUGCAAUUUCAGUUAUUUCAACUCACUCAAGUUCUUUAUAUAAAAAUAACAGCAUAACCACUGGAUUAAAUGAAAGUAUAACUACUAGUUUAAAUGGAAAUAAUCAGUUGGAACCCGUUUCAGUGAACAAAGAAAUUAACUUAAAUUAUUACCUUCUUUCCUAUGUGUGGAGAAGAAUAGGAUCAGACACAUUGUGGGAGAAGGAACCCCUGAAAGUGUUUGCAAUUUGGCUCUUUCACAUGCUAGUUCUGCCAGAAUUUAAACACAAUAUUCACAUUCGGUGCAUUAUCCCAUGUUUCCGAGAAUGGCUUUUGGUUUAUUUUACAAGGCAUGAGAUAGAAGAUGAAGUGUGUAAAGUAAUAAAUGAUUUAUCUGGGAAGUAUAAAAUAUACUCGAAGUUUGAUUCCUCUGAGUUCUUUAAACCUUUGUUUUUGUCACCAGUCCCAGCUGAUUUUCUAGUUGUGGAUGAAAAUUUCGGAAAUAAAGUCAUAAAUAUUAUUGAAUCUCCACUUAGAAAUGACACUAAGAGACCUAGUGGAAUAAAUGCAGUGAUAAAGAGGAUUUUUGAGAAUUUUGCUCUGGAGUUUCAUACUGUCGAUACCAAUUUAUGGAUGAGUCUUGAAGAACAUGAAAAAACUGAACUGAUAGAGUCAAUUAUAACAAGUGGAAUUUAAUAUUUUUAUGUAUGUGUG